AUGGCCACGAUCAGCGAGCCCAAUGGCAAGCCCGUCCAUGAGCCCGUCACCUCCGUCGCCAAUACCAACAUGGACCUGAACGUGUUCCAUGAGAAGUAUUCGUGCGGCAACAUGACCCAGGCGGCCCACAAGAACGGCAAAGCCCUCCAUAAGAGCUCGCUGAAGCAGAAGCGGAAACAGCUGCGUGAGCUCCAGGAGUGGGAGUACCAGACGGCAAUCGCGCCCCGGCGCUGCGCGAACCCGGGCCCGCUCGGCCUGAUCGGCUUUGGCCUCUCGACGAUCCUGCUGAACCUGCACAACACCGGGAGCUUUCCGCUGUCGACGGUCAUCGUCGCCAUGGGCAUCUGCCUCGGCGGAGGUGCGCAGUUUAUCGCGGGCAUGCUCGAGUGGGUGCGCGGUAACACCUUCGCAUUUGUCGCCUUCACCGCGUACGGUGCCUUCUGGCUGUCCCUCGUGUGCGUCUGGAUGCUGCCCAACACAGCCUCCAGCAACUCCACGAUCGUCGACCCAGCGAGCGAGUACUUUGUAGGCGUGUACCUCUUCCUGUGGGGCAUCUUCUCCUUCGUCAUGCUUACGUGCACCAUCCGCAUGAACGUCGCCAUCUUUCUCGUGUUCCUCACCGUGACGCUGCUCUUCCUGAUGCUCGGCUGCAGCAGCAUGGCAGGCAGCGCGAUCGGGCUGCGCGCGGCCGGCUACGAGGGCGUCAUCUGCGGCUCCCUCGCCCUCUACCUUGCCUUUGCCGAGAUUGUGAACGAGGUAUGGGACCGCACAAUCCUGCCGGUGAUCCCGAUGACGCAGGUGCUCGGCUGGCUCGGCACCACCCCGGACAGGCCGAGUGACAUUACCGAGCUGGAGAACCACGGGCAGUUACCCAAGGUCAACUGA